CUGCGUUUAAAGGGAAAGGGGAAGAGGCGGCCUGCGGGGCCAUGGCUGGAAACCUUGAGCCAGUGGAGCAACCUGGCUGUUCCUCGGUGUUUGCUAAAGUGCACGAGUCUCUCACACACAGCCUUCAACGACCGGGUCGGCGGGGUCUCCCAGCACGACUCCUAGGACUUCCAUCAUCCCAAGCGCAUACCAAUUGGCCAUGCUGGCUGGGGACGAUGAGGCUUGAAAUCAGUUGGAGAACACCAGCUUACUGGACAUAAAGUAGCAGUCAAAAUUUUAAACAGGCAAAAAAUUCGUAGUCUGGAUGUUGUUGGAAAGAUCAAACGAGAAAUCCAAAACUUAAAACUUUUCAGACAUCCCCAUAUUAUCAAAUUGUAUCAGGUGAUCAGCACCCCCACUGAUUUUUUCAUGGUGAUGGAAUAUGUGUCUGGUGGAGAAUUGUUUGAUUAUAUCUGUAAACAUGGACAUGUAGAAGAGGCUGAAGCCAGGCGUCUCUUUCAGCAAAUUCUGUCAGCUGUAGAUUACUGCCAUAGGCAUAUGGUGGUUCACAGAGAUCUGAAACCAGAGAAUGUGCUGCUGGAUGCACACAUGAAUGCCAAGAUAGCUGAUUUUGGGCUGUCCAACAUGAUGUCAGAUGGUGAAUUCCUGAGAACCAGCUGUGGGUCACCCAACUAUGCAGCACCAGAAGUAAUCUCUGGAAGAUUGUAUGCUGGCCCAGAAGUUGAUAUCUGGAGCUGUGGUGUUAUUCUUUAUGCUCUCCUCUGUGGGACUCUUCCUUUUGAUGAUGAGCAUGUCCCAACCCUGUUUAAAAAAAUCCGUGGAGGCGUCUUCUACAUUCCUGAAUACCUCAAUCGUUCAAUAGCAACCCUGCUGAUGCAUAUGCUGCAGGUUGACCCACUCAAACGAGCCACCAUCAAGGACAUACGAGAACAUGAAUGGUUCAAACAAGAUCUGCCCAGUUACUUGUUUCCAGAAGAUCCAUCAUAUGAUGCCAAUGUCAUGGAUGAUGAUGCCGUGAGGGAAGUUUGUGAGAAAUUUGAAUGCACUGAGCCAGAAGUGAUGGCCAGCUUAUACAGUGGAGAUCCUCAAGACCAGCUUGUAGUAGCUUAUCACCUGAUCAUUGAUAAUCGCAGAAUCAUGAAUCAGGCCAGUGAGUUCUACCUCGCUUCCAGCCCACCCAGUGGUUCUUUUAUGGAUGACACUAUGCAUAUCCCCCCAGGGGUGAAACCUCACCCAGAAAGGAUGCCUCCUCUAGUUGCAGAUAGUCCCAAAGCAAAAUGCUCCUUGGACGCACUGAACACCACCAAGCCAAAGCCAUUGACUGUAAAAAAAGCCAAGUGGCAUUUAGGAAUACGGAGUCAAAGCAAGCCUUAUGAUAUCAUGGCUGAAGUUUAUCGGGCCAUGAAACAGCUGGAUUUUGAGUGGAAGGUGGUGAAUGCCUAUCAUCUUCGAGUGCGUAGAAAGAAUCCAGUUACAGGAAAUUAUGUGAAAAUGAGUUUGCAGCUGUAUCAGGUUGACAAUCGCAGCUAUCUGUUGGACUUUAAAAGCAUUGAUGAUGAUGUCGUGGAGCAAAGAUCGGGUUCUUCUACACCUCAGCGCUCAUGCUCAGCAGCUCGCUUGCACAGACCAAGACUAAGUUUUGACUCUGCCGCUGUUGAUUGCCAGUCACUUCCUGGGUCCCUUCCUGGCUCUUUGACUGGGAGCAUGUCCUCUGUGACACCACGCCUUGGGAGCCAUACAAUGGAUUUCUUUGAAAUGUGUGCCAGUCUCAUUAUGGCUCUUGCUCGCUGACAGGUAUAAUUCAGAAGCUUGAUUUCAGUGGGUGAGCGUUGGCCUUGGGCAAAUCUGUACUCAAGGCUGAGUUGGAAGCGUGUGUGGCAAAGAAAGCCUCAUUUUGAGUGUAGAAAUGUCAGGUUCUGCACCCAGGAAAUAUUUUGUAUAUUUAAGAGAGAAGACAAAAGUGUUCAAUUUAGGUAAGCCUAACUGCAGAUUUUGCUUUAUUUUUGCUAGAAAUUUGUUGGUGUUAUUUCAUAGGUAUGGUAGAAAUGAUGGAGCAGUGGAGUUAGCACUCAGCAGAAGUGAGAACUGAGGGCCUCGGCCAACAGCUGGUAGCUAUUGGAUUUUACUAGCUGCCAUGCAAAAGUCAGAUGCUGCAGACAAUGCAACAGCUGCCAAAAAUCUGAAAAUAUCUACAGUUCAAGAAUCCAUAACACUCAUGCCAUGUUGAAUGAACAGUGCAAUAAUAUUCCUGAAAACUUGACCAUCAAAAGGUUUUUUAAAAACUGACUUUAGAAAACAAAGGCAAUAGAAUCCUGGAUAGAACUGAUCUGGAUUUAUACUCAUGGAAGAAAAGUUUGUAUCUGCUGUUCUUCCACAUAUUAGAACAUGCAAAAUCACCCAUAGGGUAGGACUGUUGCUCAAUGAGAAGUGCAAUUCUGAAAUCUUUUUGAUCUCAGACUUCAAAUAAUUAUAAUGUAGACCUAGGUAUUUAAGUUUGGAAAUAUAUGACGGCAAGCCUCUGGCCAAGCCUGAUGUAUUCUUUUCUUCUUUGGAAAUGCUUUUGGAAUGCUUAAAAGUCAACAUUGCUUUUGUAUCCUACUCAUGGAUCCAUCUGAAUGAAUUAAUGCAACCUACCUCCUAAAAUAGUGUAGAACAGGAUUCAAGACUUGCUGACUCAAAAGCAGUGAACUAGAAAUGAACACCUGGAGCAUCACAGGUUCUCCAAACCUGAGCUAGAUAAUCCAUUAUAAAGCAAUUAUUUUAUAUUCUUGUUACAUUGUGGUGAAAUUAAAUAAAGCAACUACUUUUAUUAGAGGUAGCAAGUGACAAAUAAUGCAAAAACAUCUGUUACUUCAGUUAUUAGGUAGUAACCUCUAUCUGAUCUGAACACAUUUUGAAUUGAAUUUUUGCUGCUACUGAAUUGUACAGCACACCUGUUUCUCACACCAGUGGAAAAUUGUCCUCAGAGAUGAAUCAAACUAGAUGACUCACUGUGUAAAAUCCCCAAAACCUAGAAGCUGGCAACCAUUCAAAUUCAGAAAUCACUUGAUUACAAUUCUUUUGAGAGGUAGAUGGUAGUCGGGGUUACCAAUUCUUUUUGCAAGCUAUCCUGCAGCAACAUUUCCCUGGUUUUAAUUAAAGUUUUUUUUAUUAAGGAGUCUCUGUUUUUGCUGAAGGAAUUCUUUUUACUGCCGCCUUUCAUAACCACUUUGUCCUUGCUGCUGUUCAUUGUCCUAGGCUUCUUACACUCAGACCACCUACUAUAUCUCAUAAGUACAAUUUGCAGUCUGCGCUUAAUCUUAUUAUUAAUUCUCCCAUCAAUCAUUCCCACCAUGUUUUGCAUCAAAUGUAUCAAAAUGCUGAGUUUACACAUUUAAAUCAGCAAUAUUUAUUAAUCCCAUGGCAGUAAUAGAUCAAAAUUUCUGUAGCCACACUAUAAAAUUCAUAAUUGGGGGGAAAGGAAGGAAAAAUUAUGUUUUCCUUCUGGAGUGAGGUCCUUUGGUAAUGUUCUCUUUCAGAAAAAAAGCUAAUAAACUUAUAAAGCAAGGUAAUUAUAGAGAACCCAAGCUUUUCAGAGAAGAGAGGAUAGCAGAGAACAUUAGCAGCACUCAAGAAAAAGGCUCAGGUGAAAAAGAAGAACAUAGCACUCAAGACAAAUUUUCCUUGCUUCAGAAGCAAAUCAUUUUUAAACACUUCUGCAGCUUUAAUUGUCUGUUACAGUAUUUGCUAGGUGCUAAUUUCAGGCAGGUUUUAAGAAGAAAGGUUUCCUGAUGCACACAGCAUAUUUAUUUACUUGCACGUCUGUUCAGAAAAUAAGUCCCACUGGCUUUGGAUAGACUUAGGUCUAAGUAAGAACAUAUAGCAUUGCUAUCUAAAAUAUUUAAUCUAUCCUUUAAAAAAAAGGUGGGGGAGUCCAUCUGCUUUGGUUUUCUGCUUUAAACAUUGAUGCAAGGGAGAGAGGAGCACCUCUGGAACUGCCAUGGAAGCCAGUUGUGGAAGGGGAUGGAUUUGAGAUCUUUCACAAAGGCUCACUCUCAGUCUUCUGCAUAGUUAGCCUCUCUUAGGAUUAGGAAGUAUCAAUUACUCUUGGUCUCUGUUCUCUUUUUAAGUAGAUUCCUCUUUCUCAAAAAAGACAUAUUCCUUUAGAAGACUUAUCAGAAACAAAAGCAUUUCUUGAAGAAUGUAUGUUUGUCUUGGUCCUAAAUCAUAUAAUUGUGAUGAAUAAGAGCUGAAAAAUAACAACGGACAAGGAUGUUUCCCAGUUUACUCUUUGGUCAAAUCAUCAGUGUUUUUCAGUUACUGAUGCACAGAUUCGUUGUUUUUUAUCUUCAUUUCUGAUUUGCCACUUCCCGAUGGUUAGGGAUCUUUCGACACAUGCUAAAAAUUUGAUAUGCAUCUCAAUAUUUUCACAUCUUACCUUCCAUAACCUUUUACCUUCACCUUUCUAUUACAUUAUGAAUGUGUUGGCUUCCCCACAAUAAUUUAUAGAGGCAGAAGUUGUGCAACAGGGAGCUGCACUAGACCCAGUUUGAUGUUGCCAGUAACUAACACUGCAGUGAAUAUUUUUUCAGUGAGGCACUGUGCAUAAUCAAGAGUUUUGCAACACAGUCAGUCCAGAGUGGUCUUGUGUGAUGAUAUGCUCCAUCAAGAAUGGCAUAACAUUGGUCCUGAUGUGUUUCCUUACAAUGAUAAACAGAAACCUUGACAUUCUGAUGUGUGUCAUUUUAUUAAUCAUAAAAAACUCCAUCUCUUUAAGCCCACACACAGCAGUUAAAGGUCACUGCAUUAUCUAAACUGGAUAAGAAUAUCUGUCAUAAGGGAGUCACAUGUGACAAUUGCAUUUAGACUGUCUGCAGUACAUUUUUAAAAGUAACAUUAAUGGGCAUUUUCUACACAAUCAUCUGCUUUCCCUUUAAUCAUAUAGAUUAUAUUUCAACCUGGUACCCUUCAUGUGUGUUGGGAGAGAAACUCCCAGAAUUCCCAACCAGCAAUUGUCUUGAAAUUGCUCAUUGUUCAUUGAGUUCUGAAUUUCAGUUCAGAUAUACUUUUUUGUCAGUAAGGCUGUGCCAUUUUCCUCUUCAGUAGGAAACCAGCUAAAUUUAGCUUUCUAGUACUGACAGAAUCCUUUUAGAAUACUAUUUCAUGAGAACUGGAAUAUAAAUUUGACAACGCUGUUCUAGACCUUAGGGCUUUUGUGUACUUCUAAAGCUUAACUGCCUGUGACUUUGCUAGGGUAUAGAUAAAGCAGGAAUAACUUACGUUUAGUGUUCCUUUUCUUCAGGCUAUCUCAAGGCAUCAGGUUUAGUAAAUGUGUAGUAACAAACACUUUAUUAUUGGAAAUGGUAAUAUUCUUUCAAGGUGAGGGUGAAACUACAUUUUGUAAAUGCUGCAGUACAUUGUUUUAGAGUUGUUAUUUAUGUUUUGUUCGAAUAAUAGCUGUUUUUUGUUUAAUUUUAAAUUAGUUACUUGUAAUACUUGUUAAUACUUGUUAAUACUUGAUACUGUAUGAAUAAGUGCUAAUUGAGGUUGAAUUAAAAAUAACAUAGGCUCAAAUCUAGGCAAGGAGGUAUAAACUCCGAUGGAGUCAAACCAUUAUUUUAGGAAAAACGGGGGAACAAUUUUCGCCCGAUAAGUUUGCAUGAAAACUUUGCCAAAUAAUUGAAAAAUUGAAAAAAGUUCUCAAUUGUUGAUAUAGCAGUGGUUUAUCUGAAAACAGCUCUUCAGAUGCCCAUGGGUUUUGUUUUGUUUUUCUGUUGUAGGAUAUUGAUUUUGCAGGAUUUCCUUCAUAUAAUGGCGUUUCAUACAAUUAAAGGAGUGGCUGGUACAACCACUGUUUUGCUGAAAUGGAUGCGUGUAGCAGGAAAGGCUGUGUGCAUAGACCUCUUGAGUAUGGGGAUGUAUGGUUUUAUACUUUCAGGAAUGCUGUCUGAUCGUGCUUCUUGCUCUUAUAGAAGCCUACGUAUGCAGCCUUUCCUGACAUCAACACUUAAUGCAGGGACAAAGAAACCCAAGGGAUACUUAAGACUAUUGUAGCUGGACUGCAAAUCUGGCUGACUGCUAGAUGGCAGGAAAAAGCAUUUUCUUGUAUCUCUGUUUGCAGCCCAUAUAUAGUAGCCAUAGGGACCAUCUGCUUUCCCUUUAAUCACAUAGAUUGUAUUUCAACCUGGCACCCUUCAUACAUGUUGGGACAGAAACUCCCAGAAUUCCCAAACAGCAAGGUCAAAGGCUAUGCUAGCUGGAAUUCUGAAAAUUGCUGUCUCAACACAUCUGGAGCAAGGUUGGGCUACAGUAUGCAUAAUACUUGUACUAGUUGUAUUUUUCUCAACAUUUUGAAACUAAAAAAGCAGAGAUACAUGCCAAAUAAGAAAAAUAGCCUCUUUGCUUCCAAUAAAAGUUGUAAAUGGAGAUGCAGAGAAGCUGGGAAAGAGAAGCUCUAUUAAUGAAAAUGUUUGCAUUAUCACUACCAGUUUAAGCAGCAUAUACAUUUUUUCUGCCCUGCUAAAAAUUUCCACCAUUUUGGAUGGAAGCAGAUGUUUUCAGAAAACAUAUUAUUUUGCAUUCAUACUGCACUUUAUCUCUUUUUUAAUACACAAAUAUUAAUUCAGUUUACCAGUGAUGCUCAUUAAAUAAGUGUCAGUUAGGAAUAUCACAUGUGAAAGAUACAUUUAACAAAAUAAUGAUUGCAAGUCAAUGAUAGUAUUACAGCCAAAUGAAAUUUAUCCUUAUAUACUCAUGUAGAGAUAUAUUCACUAAUAACUUCUCAUUGUGAAGUUAGGAUUAGAAUUUGGAUGUAUCCAAAUGUCAGGCAUCUAUUCAGUUGUCAAAAGGAUUGCUAGAAUUAAGAUGAAUUACUGUUUUGCCUUCUGAAAGCUUCAGCUAUACAGCUAAUGCAGUAUUCAGUAUAGAUUCAGGUGGCUGUUACCGAUCUAUUUAAGUGAGGAUUGAUGUAAUGUUGUUUUCCCCCAACAAACAGGAUAAAUGCAUUUCUACACUGUUGAAGUGAAAAUACAAUUUUCAACCACUGGUUUAUUGGCAUGUUCCAGUUAGAAAAUCACUAAUUCCUCCCCCCACCAUCCCUUAGAAUCAAUACAGAAUGUGUAAAGACAGUGAUAGUGGUGGGUCAUAUAACAAGCUUCCAUUCACAGCUAAUAGUGCAGUAAUCCUUAGGUUUUAGAUUUCAAAUAAGGCUACUUAAACUGAAUUUUAAGUAGGGUUAAUUUCCUUGCAAGAAAAGUUUUCCAACAGCCAUUACAUUAUCCUAAUUUCUCCCACAUAGUUCAUAUUGGAUAUGUAACAUAAUAUUAAAAUGCAGUUUAGUAAAUCUUGGCAAUUCAUCUUCCAUAUUAGCACUGUUUUUGUUUGAAAAUGUGAACUGAGCUUGAUAUCAAAAAUUGUGCCUUCUUGUACCAGCAGCUGAAAAUGAUAGAAUGUAUCAAGUCUGCUCAUUUUGCAGAAAAAUCUACCACCUUUGUUACUGUAGGUACAGAUUAUUUUAAAUACUUGAAGUGUAUGGCCUCUGUUGCCACUUUACCUAAUUGAUGACAUUUGUAUGUGACAACACUUGUUACUAUAAUCAUGCUGUACAACUGAAGGGUUACUCUUGAUGAGUUAUAGCUUAGUGGUAGAAUGCAUAUUUUUGUAUGCAGGACUUAGAAACACUCCAUCUGAACCUCUGGAAAGUUAUUGCCAAUCAAUUUAGAAACCUCAUUGUAGCUAAGAAUGAGCUUGAUCAUAGAAAUAUUCAGAUCUUCAGAGAAGUGCUUUACUUGAUCAGAGUCUCAGACUUUUGAUCUCGUAGACUAGCUGUACCACUUCACUUCAUAACAGAGCCUUCUGUGCAGCACAUACACAGGAGUCCAUAUUUGAGAAGUGACCAUCGAGGCAUAAAAAUUCAUAUUCUUGAGGCAAAGUGCCUCGUCAAGGAAGCCCAUGGCUAAUUCACCAGGCUUUCUAUGUAGACCAGUGGCCUAACUGGAUACAAGGCAACUUUUUGUAUUUCUUUGCCUUAACAAUAAUGUAAAUGCAAUUAAGCUGCAUUCAUGGUUGGCUAAAAUGUUAAUAUGGUUUGCUCCUCCUCUCCUCUGCCAUUCCAGUCUACACUUUAUCUUGACUAUUUCAGGUAUUAAUGCCAAUUCAUCUAUACUUUCAAAUGGCUUUCCGUGCAGAUGUAAAAUUUAAAAAUGUAACCUAUAACCCGCUUGGAUGCAUAUUUCAGCAUAUAUAAGGAGCUCCUGACCAAUAACAAUUUACAGACAUAUUUCUUUGUUCCGGGGGCAGGGGAGCUAUCUGCCUUUUGAACUUCAAGAAAACAGCUGUAGGAUAGUUGAACUGCUUGUAGUGAUAGUUAAUGGAAUAGGUUUUACUUACGAUAUAAACAAGCAGGACUACUUGACAAAGAAACCUAGACAGAAAAGUCAUUAUUUAGGUUUUUUUCAAAGGUACCUUGUCUCUCUAAAAGUGGAAGCUGCUUUUGAGAAAGGGAGAAAGAAACCUACCCCUAAACAUUCCCUUAUUUGUAUCCAAGUGACUUUGGAUCAUCAAAUACCAGGAUCUCCAGUUGUUCAUAAGCUCUGCUGUCACUGCAAACAUUAUUCUGUUUAUGGAAACUCUAGGUGAAAUGGGAAAGUGAGCCUUUAAAGGAAUAGUAAAUAGAAAUGCUGCUUUUGGUAUCUGUAAUAGUAUUUGUACACAGAUUUAAUGAACAAAAAGUUAGUCACAAGUUUAAGCAUUCUAGUAUCACCCUUUAAAUUCUCCCUAAAUGCUUUGAAACUACCCCUGAAACCGCCUUAAGUAAUCUAAAUUUAUGUAAUUUCUUUGAAAACUUUACGUUUGUCUAUGCAUUUUCCUAAGUAAUUAUCAUAAAGCUUAUAACACUUUUGAAUGAUUACCAGCCUUUCAAUAUUAUUUCAUUGCUAGUUUGAAGUGAAAUCACUUUUUUUUUUCUGUAUUAAGGUACACUUGUAUGUAUGUAUGUAUGUAUCGUAUAUCUAGCACUAUUUUUUCUUCAGUGUGCAAAAUACUAGCUAUAAGACUAUACAUUUGUGUCCCUGAACUGUAAUUUUGGAAAACAGCACUAUUAACACAGACUGUGAGAAGGCUAGAUACUGUUAUAUUUGUAAUUUACAAGUGUAGAAUAAAACUACUCCAUUAAUACCAACUAAUGAAAUUUGGGUAUGAGAAAUAGACAAGUCUCCCAAGCUUAACAAGAAUUGAACUUGAAAUGAUUUGACAUAGUUUGUGAGCUAGCCUGGAGAGUCUAUAAAUUGUUCCCUGCUGUAAUCAAUCUUAAUGGUCUUCAAAAAUGAUCCCCAGAAUAAUCUCCUUUUUAUUUAACAUGUAAAAGAUUGAUGCACAAAUUGGGUCUGUAUAGAUGUUACUGAAUGAAAGCUUCCUUACUGUUGGCCAUGUGUCCUGGAUGUAUUGGAAGUUUGUAGUCCAACAAUAUGUGAUGGACUAUCCCAACGCACAAAAGACUUGGAGGGAAUUUCUUCUUCUGGGAUUUCACAUUAGGACAUUACUAAUCUGUUCAUAAGAACAGGGGGGGUGAAAGGGGCUGUUCCUUCUAGAAAGGUAAGUAAGGGGACUGAAUAUUAUUAGGUAGGAGUUAGCAGAAGUGGCUUUUGAGAACAACAGCUGGUGGAAUUAAGAGUGUUAUUCUGCCUCGAAUUUUGUUUGCAAUGAAAAAACUCAUAGGACUCACAUACCUGCGCUCAGCAAACUGUGCCAAUAUCCCUACUCAGAUAGAGUUUUUCACAAAAUAACGUUCACUGAUGCUUUCAUGAUGUACUGCUAUUUAUAGAGGAGGUAGCGCAGAUCGUUUUGAACUGAUCUCUGUUUGGCUUACAUAAGUACUUGGAAGAAGGCAGUACAACCCCACUGUCUUUUCAGUUUUGUUAUUUAAAAUAAAAAGCAAGCAUAACUUGAAGUUUCAUGUACCUAUCUCUAUGCUGAAAAAAAGUUUAUUGUAUCUCAUUGCAUGUGAUGAUUACUUCAUGGUUGACCUUUGCACUUUAAUAAACAGAUGAUAAUCUUGUAAACGCAUGAAUUACUCUUGUGGAAUCUUCAGCCCUUUUAUAUUUAAAAAAUCUACAAGUAUAAAUACUGUGGUUGGGUGGGAAAGGUUUUUUUUUUUUCCCUUCAUUAUCAGACUCUGCUCAAAGAGAAAAUGUAAGUUUCCAGGAAAUUGCCAUUAAAAGCAAAAACACAGUACUAUUCAAGAACUCAGAAAACAAUUUUUCCAAUUUUUAUCCCCGUUUCUUUUUGCUAGCAAUAGUUUGCUUCCAAGUUAUUUUUGCUGACAAACUUCACUUCUGCCUACUUUGAGUAACAUAUUGGCACUUAAUUCUUACCACCUGUUGGGAAGGUAAUACAAAUGCCCUAUUGUGUUUUGCCUUAGCUGGGAAUCUGCCUCCCCAUGUUGUCCAUUUGAUAAAUGCCCUAGAUAUGAGAUUCAUUACAUUUACCCAAUUGUAAUAUUCUUCACGGAAAAAGCACAACCAUAAUGCGAUAGUUCACAACCUUGAAAAAUAAUUAUAUUUACAAUGUCUGUGCUCAUAAUUUUUUUUUUUUUUUUUUUUGGCUAGCUUGUAUUUGCUUUGCAUUUUUUUCUCAGUGACUUGAAAAACGGCAGACUCAAAUUGUCAUUGUCAUGUUAUUCAGCUUUCCUUUGACUUAUUUUAAAAUAGGUAGGUCUCUCUUAGUGCUGAUCAUGGUCACAUUUUUCAAAUUUGCACUAUUCAAAGUGAUAUUUCUAUCGAGAAUAAGGUAAUUGGUUCCAGCUCGACAGAAAUGCAAUCCAUUUUUUUGAACAUUUUUUUAAUGCUUAUUAAUGAAAUACAACAGUAAAAGAUUAAAAGAAUAGUGGGUAAUGCAGGAAGUGGUAGCAAGAUUGUUACUUAGACCACCCUUCAGUUAUUUUUUAUGUGGUUUUAGUGUUUUUUAUUGCUUUCUAAUGGAUAAUAACCUGCCAUGAGAUCUUUAGAUAGAUCUCAUAAAUAUUUUAAAAUAAAUAAGUGAACAAAGGACAGACUGGAGAAUAAACCCAUAUCCAAAGUGUACCUACUAUCCUAUAUUCUGCUGUAGCUUUUCAAAAUGAGCCCCUUCUUUUUUGAGCUUUCCUUGAAUAGACCCUUCCUUUUCUCCAUUUUGCACACAAUAAAUAGCAUUAAACCCCCAACAGCAGCUGUGCAUGCACUAGACUCAAUUCAGCAUGCGCUAGCCUCACAUUAACUGAAUUUUGGCUUGCAUUAAACACGACCUGAUAUCAAUUUGUAAUUUGCACCCAAUUGAAUAUUGCACUCUUCGAACUUGUAUUACAGGUAGUCCUUGUUUAUGACCACAUUUGGGACCGGCCACUUGGUUGUUAAGCGAUGUAGUCGCUAAGUGAAACCAUGACUCUGCUUAUGAUCUGACUUCAGCUUUCCUUUGCUUUACAGACCUGUAAAAAUAUGACCUGUACAGACAUAUUAUACAGGACUAUCUAUAUAAUAUGUCCAAUUAUGGCAUAGUCAGAAUCCAGAAUGACGCUUUCCACUUAGUCACGAACAUCAUGAGAACUAGUUGAAAGGCACCAGCAGUAGGGCCAAAGUUUUCACAGUGUUAUCUGACUGUGAGUUCUUAUGGAAGAACAUAAAUCUACUCUCUGGCUAUUAUUCAAAGUUGCUCAGGCAGGUACCUAUUCUCUUGAUGGGACUUCCCCUUUGUAUCUCCUGCCCGCUGCCUCCAUCCUUUGACAGCAGAUUUAAAGCAAACAGGAGGGUCUAGUAGAGAGGAAACUAUCCUGACUGCAAUAUUCAUUCCAUUGGUGGAUAUUCACAGCUGGAUAUGAUCCUGAUUUUUUUUUUUUAAU